GUGCCCGCAGUGAAUGAGCCGAAGUCCAGGUGGCCCCCUGCAGAGCAGCUCUCGCCACCCUAKCUGGGCUGUAGUGUGAUGAUGUCAGACUUCCCUAAGGACAAAGCUGCUCGUACUCUGAGGAAAGGGGGGAGCGUGGACUCUCCAAGUGGUCAUGAUUUCCGCCGGAAGGAAGGUCCUGGGCGCACCAGAGACUCUAUGAGUACCGUGUCUUAUAUGGAUGAACCAGGAACUCGCCUUCCAGUCCAGAUGGAGAACACCUAUCAGUUGGGUCCUAUCAAACAUUUUCCUGUGGUCACUGUUAAUCAUAUCUUGCAAGAUGUGUUGACUGAGUAUCUGCAAAAAGAAGAAUAUGAACCAGAGUUCUGCAGACAGAUAACUAAAACAAUUUCAGAGGUUAUUAAAGCCCGGGUCAAGGAAUUGAUGAUUCCACGGUACAAACUAAUUGUAAUGAUUCACAUUGGACAACUGAAUGGUCAGAGCAUACUUAUUGGAAGCAGAUGCCUCUGGGAUCCUAAAAGUGAUACAGUUUCAUCCUAUGUUUUCAGAAAUUCUUCUCUCUUUGCUCUUGCAAAUGUCUAUGCAGUUUACUUUGAGUGA